AUGUCUUCAAGCCACCCAGAAUCGGGCAACCCAAAGCCUGACCAACCAACCCAGACUCCGGCGCCACAACCAACAGCGCCUACAGAGCCCCCGACCCAGCCAGACCUGACCGCUGACGCUUCAACUCCUUCGGUCGAUCCACUUGAGCUCCCUGGCGACGACGUAUCCGCGAACCAGAACCACCCCGCAACUGGCCUUGGUGGCGAAAACGCCGCCCCCGUGACGACGACCACCAAUCCCCACUCCUCCGCGCAACCUGCAACUACAUCGCCAUCAAUGGAUACCGAAGAGCCCAAGAAUGUCCACGAGUUAUCCUCUGAGCAUUCGGACGAUGGCUCGGGGAAGGAGGUCAAGGAUGCUGGCCCGUCGCUGGUGAUAACGCUCCUGUUGACCACGGGCUCGCGCCAUCCGUUCACAAUCGACGGGAAGUAUCUACAGAAGCGAUCGGUGAAUGUGGAGAACAAUGACCCGUUCUUAAUGAGUGUGUACACUUUGAAGGAGUUGAUCUGGCGCGAGUGGCGCUCUGAUUGGGAAACUCGCCCCUCUUCGCCAAGUGCAAUUCGACUUAUCUCGUUCGGCAAAUUGCUGGAUGACAAGUCUCCUCUGUCUGACUCCAAGUUCAGCAAGGAACACCCAAAUGUCGUCCAUAUGACCGUUAAGCCGCAAGAGGUUGUCGACGAGGAGGAUGCAAAGGGCGCAAAGGCGCAAUACAAUCGGGACACUGAAGCCAGCGAGCGGAGCCCGGGAUGUCGCUGUGUGAUCCUCUAA